AAAACGGCCGUCAUGAGUUCCUCAAAGAGCGUUAACGUUCCCGUUGACCCCAAGGUCAAGGAGCGCGAUGUCAAUGCCAAGCUGCAAUUGUACGGCAUCUACUCCGCCUUCGCCCAGGGCAAGGUCCCCUCCAACAAGCAAAUCGACGUCGCGUUGAACUCGGCGCUCGAGUGGCAAUACCUCAACAAGCCCGACCCCAAGCUGUCCGCUGACGGCAAGAAGCUCGUCGCCGACCUCAAGGAUGUCAUCGAGCAGUCGAAGCUCCUCCUCCUCUCCAAGAACCACGGUGAUCUCCUCCAGGACUUCAUCUGGCAGACUCAGAAGAUCAGCGCCGCUGACGCGCCCAAUGUCAACACUCCCCUUGACAAGGACACCGCCCAGCAGCACGGUCAGCAGGCGCUCGAGGGUCUUCGCACUCUCGGAACGCUUCUCAUCACCAACGGUCAAUUCCGCAAGCUUUUGAGCGACGCCUCCGUCCUCAUCCGUGACAUCGCUGGCGAUGCCGCAGUCAACACCGCCAACGUAGUCAAGCCCAACGAGGACCAGCUUGCCACCCUCGACAAGCCUGCCGAGGACAACACCUGGCACGACGCCCCCGAUCUCUCCAAGGAGAAGAUCGCCAACCAGAUCAAGGCUGCUCUCCCUAUCGGCAAGAAAGACGUCGAUCAGGCGGUUGGUGACGCCUCAGCGGCUGCCCACCCCGACGGCUCGCGUGACCCCAACGCCGUCGCUGAGCAGGCCCAGAAGGACGCCAAGGCUGGCGGUCAAUCCGUUGACCCCGUCGCUGGUGCCAAGGCAGCCAAGGACACUCUGUUGAGCAAGGUUGACGACGACAAGGUCGAGGAGGCCAAGCAGAACGCCCGCGAGUACCGCGAGAAGACCCGCGAGUACUUCAAGGGCAAGUUCCCCAAGGACCGCCGGGAGCAGACCAUCUACCGCCUGAAGAAGAUGAUUGUCGAGAUUCAGGGACACUCCGACUACCGUCAAGCCAUUGACACCCUCCUCCGCCUGGCCGAGGAGUACGCUGGACACACUAAGACUAUCACCCAGCAGGGCACUGCCGCCGUCCAGGACACCCGCAGCAAGUCUCACUUGCAGCAGGCCGAGACUGACUUGAGGACUCUCCUCGAGCGUUUCGCCAACAGCACCUCGUUCGAUGACCUGUUUGCCUCCAUCAACCAGAUCUACACCGACGCGGACCGCGACCCUGAGCUCAAGAACUGGUUCAAGAGCAUCGAUGCUUUCAUCCGCAAGUCCCUCCAACAGCAGGGCUACGUCCUCCAGGACGAGUCCGAGGAGGAGUGGAACAAGCUCUACGACCACGGCAACUACCUUCUCCGCGAGAAGUACAAGGCCCACACCGACCGCGUCGCCGAUGAGUUCAAGUUCAUCGCCAACCAGUUCGAGGCCGACUCCCAGAACAAGAGCUUCGCUGCUGCCUUCGACCGUCUGUUCAAGGACCUCGGCAACGAUGACAACGGCAAGCCUGAGUUCAAGCCUCAUUUGGUUAAGGACUUGACCGAUGUCCUCCUCCCGGCCUUCUUCGAGAACGUCCGCUACAUCCCGAUCCCUCGCAUCGAGUACAGCGACCCUACCAUUGACGCCGUUGUCGAGAACCUCGUCAUCGAGGGUGACAACCUUGCCCCCAACCAGCUCGAGUUCGGCAGCGACAACUUCUGGCGAUGGGGCCGCAAGAACGUCGAGAGCUACAACAAGAACAAGGUUCUGUUGUCCGUCUCCGGCGUCCAGGCCGACCUGCGCGACGUCGCCUACUACGUCAAGAAGAAGGAGGGUUUCCCGGGUAUCACCGACAAGGGUGUCGCUGACAUCUUCCUCGGUGGCUCUGGCUUCAGCUUCAAGGUCGCCCUCGAGACUGCCGACAAGAAGGACCGCCAGCACUUCUUCAAGAUCACCAAGGUCUCCGUCGACGUCAAGAACCUCAACAUCAAGCUGAAGCAGUCCAACCACAAGCUUCUGUUCAGCAUCGCCAAGCCGCUCCUCACCAAGGUCCUGCGCCCCGUCCUGGAGAAGGUCCUCGAGAAGCAGAUCCGCGACAGCGUCAACCAGGCCGACGCCUUCCUCUACAGCAUCCAGAAGGAGGUCGACCGCGCCAUCGAGGAGGCCAAGAACAACCCCGACCCGGAGAACCUCCAGAACAUCUACCAGCGCUACGCCACCGCCUUCCAGCAGCAGAUCAACAAGGCCCAGCGCAAGAAGGAGGAGGUCAAGGCCUCGGCCGCCGACAAGGAGGUCAACAUCGCCGUCACCCAGCACGACAGCAUCUUCAAGCACAUCUCGCUGCCCGGCGGCAUCUCCUCCAAGGCCACCGAGUACCGCGACCUCGCCGCCAAGGGCGACAAGUGGGAGUCCCCCGUCUUCUCCAUCGGCUCCGCCUCCGCCACCACCAACCUCCCCAAGGCCGCCGACCCCGUCCGCAAGCCCCACACCGCCGGCGGCCAGGUCCUGACCGGCGGCCCCGCCGCCAGCUCCUCCGCCAGCUCCGGAGGCCUCGCCUCGGGCUUCGCCAGCACCACCGCCACGGACGGCAUCGCCAACCAGCUCGGCGCCGCCGGUCCCACCAGCCCGCCCGUCCUCCCCCAGGGCGCCAUCAACCCCAUCAUCGGCGCCGGCCAGACCCUCUAAGCGAUGACCGCUCGACGAUGAUGUGAAGGGAAGCGAGAAAGAGACGGAAGAAGCGGAAGUAAUGAACGCGAGAGCGAGAAAGAGAGAUUAAAGAAAAAAGUUUUCCUUUGUCGAAGAAGUUUUUUGAGAGCAGAUUGGCAUAUGAUACCACUACUACCCGAACGGUUGU